CGCCUGUUUCGGUUGCAGUCCUCCUAUUUCGGCCGAAAUUUUCUUGUUAAUCAGUAGAUUAGUGCAACAGUUAUAGUGUUAAACGAGCCGGCUUGCCAAUGAAGUCAAUGUGGUGUUUGUUGCUGCUAACCAUUUGGCUGUGUCCGGUGUGCUACGCGGCUUCAAAGUAUAAUUAUACAAUACCGAAAAUCCUGCAAGGAUCAUGGUUCUCAUGGGAGACGGGCAAUCCGACCCUGACGGUACUCGACGAUCACACAAUGUCCGACAGGGGGGAGAUAAUUCGCAUGGAGCGGGUCGGCUCUAACUUCACGUUUAUAUUCCGCGGCAAACGGUGCUACCACUGUGUGCACGCAUUCCCAAGGACAUCGAACAUAUUCGAAAAGUUUGAAUCUGCUUGCGUCACCUUGGAUGGGAACCAGGAACCAUCGAUAGAUCGAGUGUGCCGCGGAAUAACGAAUGACCAGCAGCUGAUAACGCUGUUCAAUGAAAAUUACAUUCCCGUAAAUUGUCGUUCAUCGCUCGAAGGCGUGUGGCAGUUUGCCUAUCAAAACCGAUUUCGCUUUACCGGCGAGUGCGACCAUCCGGAUGCUCGGAUACACUCGUGCCAGCAGGCAGGCACCCAGUUUCUGAUAUCGAACGAAAAGUUUAAUAUCACCUACAAACAGUGCAUUGGCAUGGCUAACACGUUCAAUGGUGUGGUGGAGUACAGCUGCCUGGGAGAUUGGUUUAUUGGAAAGAACCAUUAUUUUGCCGUGGCGAAUACGAAGGAAUCGCGAAAGGACGAAAAGUAUCGUUGCUUUCUAAAGAACCGCGACGACGAUCUCUACAUGGGAGUGUCAAUUACGGCCGAGUGUAAUACACUGAAAACGGUCGAAAAAUCACCGGAACGCUUACGGGUCACGCCUGUGAAGGCCGAAGUGGUCGAGCCCGGUUGUCGGUUUCCGCAGAAUUUCACUGGUGAAUGGAUCAACACGGCCAACGUUGACGGUGACGUGAAGAUCAAUGAAACGCACAUAGUGGAGAUCUACAAACCGGAUCAGUCCCGGUACCGCCGUACGAUCUACGUGUGUCGGGAGCAGCGGGACUCGCGCAUUAUGAUGGCACGGCUUACGGUAGACGGUUGCCAGAAGGACUACGUGUGCUUCGAUUUCGUGCCGAAACACCAUAACAUCAUACGGUACCGACGCGGGUUAGCGGUAAUUCAGGACGAUUUUUCAACUGUGUGCUCAUGGAAGCAGUUUCCCAACAAGGAGGAGUGGCGUUACGAACUCCUUUUGUCGGCCAAACCCGUUCCGAUUCGGUGCCCGGUGGCGGGUAAAUUUAACUUUACGCAGAAAGGUGAAGCCCCCUUCCGUACGAGAAUCAUCGGUGGCGUGACGCUCAGUCCCCGACCGGAUAUUGGCUGCAAGCAGAAUAUUUCCGAUUUCUCGGUUUGUGACGUAGAUCAGAAGGAAAUGGCGAUCGAUGCAGAUUACUGUCUCUCGGUUGACCAUCUGGGCCGCCCGGUUGAUAUCUACAGUGAUCCAGACUAUCGGAUGAAGUGCAUCGGAUUCUGGCAAGAGAACCUGAAAUCCUACCUCAUCACGUACGACGAUCUUGAUCCGUUGUCGAAGUACCGCUGCUGGGUGUACCAGCGGGCAGAUUUGAACCGAGUGUUGAUGUCGCAAGCCGUUGGCGCAUUUUGCCAUAUUCAUCAGGACGUUACGUCGUGGAACUAUACUGAAGGUGCUGUUGUUGCGAUCGAUAUGACCGAGUAUGAACGCGAACGGGAUCAGUGCCCGAUGCACUUUGACGACGGUGCCAAUCCGUGGAAGGAAACGGAAAAUGUUAUUACCGUGUUUCCGUGGGUGAUUUAUCGCUCGGCGGCACCGUUCAGUAGUACCGUCACUUCGUUUAUCAUAUCUUUAGCGACAGUAUUCUUGAAACUAUUUUUUUAGUCAUUCUUCAAAUUGUUCUACCUAUUUUGGGUAGUGUAGUAGAUUUUUACGAGGGUUUCCCCUCCAUUUCUCUCUCUGUCACCGAGCAUCUGCUUGAAUCCGUCCCAAUACAUGCGACUCGCUACUCGCGUGUAUUAUGUGCCUUCAUUCCGUCCAUAGCUGUAAUUAUGUACCACAAGAAAUGUC